AUGCGUUACAAUCUCUUCACUCCCGUCCUGUUGGCGGCCACAGCACUUGCUGUCCCCGUCCCCAGUCAGAGCGAUGUAAUCGGUGAUGCUGGAAUUGCCGUUAACGUUGGCGGCGAUAAAACCGUUGGUGUUCUUGAUCACAAGCGUGAUGUUAUCGGCGAUCUUGGUGCUGCUGUCAACGUCGGCGGUGACAAGACCGUUGGUGUUCUCGAUCACAAGCGUGAUGUUAUCGGCGAUCUUGGUGCUGCUGUCAACGUCGGUGGUGAUAAGACCGUUGGUGUUCUCGAUCACAAGCGUGAUGUUAUCGGCGAUCUUGGUGCUGCUGUCAACGUCGGUGGUGAUAAGACCGUUGGUGUCCUCGAUCACAAGCGUGAUGUUAUCGGCGAUCUUGGUGCUGCUGUCAACGUCGGUGGUGAUAAGACCGUUGGUGUCCUCGAUCAGAAGCGUGAUGUUGGUCACGGCGGUGAUGAUGACUCCGGAUCUGAUGUUAUCGGCAAGCUUGGUGCUGCUGUCAAUGUCGGCGGCGCCGAUACCGUCGGAGUUGCUAAAUGA